AUGAGGGGCUUGGGAAGGCUAGUUAAAAGAAGAAGAAUCAAGAAGGUGCUUUUUGAUAAUAAGGUGGACAUGGUGUUCCUGCAGGAGACCAAGAAAUCUGACAUCAAUACAGAGGUAGUUAGGUCUAUUUGGGCAGGAGAGAUGAUGGAUUUCAUGUCCGUGGAUUCAGAUGGAGCUGCUGGAGGUUUACUUUGUGUGUGGAAUCCAGAAAUGUUUCAAAUUAAGGAUUGCCGCUACACAAAAAAUUUCAUUCUCUUAGCAGGUACGCUUUAUCAAAGUUUUGGGUGUGUUUUGGUGAAUGUUUAUGGUCCUAAUGAUGUAGUAAAAAGAAGGAAGGUGUGGGAUAUUUUGUUAAAUAUUAAAUCAGGGUUUCCAAACCCUUGGUGUCUGGGGGGAGAUUUUAAUGACAUCAGGAUUAUUUCAGAAAGACAGGGUUAUUCUAGAAGGGAUAGGGGGAUGAGGGAGUUUAAUGCAAUGAUUGACCAAUUGGAGCUAGUUGAUUUACCAAUGUUUGGGAGGAAAUUCACCUGGAGUAAUUCACAGGGAGGGGAGAGGUGGAGUAGGUUAGAUUCCUUGUAA